AUGCGUCAACGCAUUCGACUUCAAUUAAGGUUUCUCGCAAGCCAGUAUUAUAAUCAUCGCGGACAACUCUGGUAUCAAUUUGUGAACCCCGUUGGAAUGGAACGCACUGAAAGCAAACAAAAAAAUGGAGGCACCGGAAAGAAUGGCUCACGUGCAAUAAAUUCGAGGUAUCAAAUCGCGAAGAUGCGGAAAACAGCGAAGCUACUCUCUGCUCUCACAGAAUUGGUGGAGUUAAAGCAGGAAACUCUACUUACUUUCUAUUUCUUGUUCAACAUCAUGGGGAAUACAGAAUCGUCCGAUUCGCUAUCAUUGAAGCAUCGACCACGAUCACAAUCUCCUCCCAAAGCAUUAGGUGGAAGUGUACGCUCACGUCCCGAGACCGCACGUCGAUGCAUGACUGAAUGUCCGGCCAGGAGAUCCAAGACAUGUCAUAGAAGGCAUCCUCGUAAAAAAGCUGUGUGUAGUGUAACAGGACUUACUCUUCAUCAAAAAGCAUUGUUGACCCGAAAAUGGAACCGAAUGGAAACAGCCACCGCUUAUGAACUUGGAAGACGCACGUUCGAGAUGAUUUUCACUGAAAAUCCUCACUAUCUUGCUUACAUUGAUCUGAAGGGUGAACCCAAUUGGCGCCACCACAUCAACUUUAGAAUUCAUGUACAGAGGUUUGUGACAGCUAUGUCGGAAGCAAUGCGACGACUAGGAGAUCCAUCAACUUCUUACGAUGUCUUACGUGAUUUUGGUGCAUCCUACGCAUCUUAUCCGAAGCGGGUCUCUGCUGUGUAUUUUGAGCGAUUAGCGAAUGCUCUCAAUCAAACGGCUACACAACUUCAGGAACACGACCAUCUAAGCUUAGAGAAAGCUCCUAGUCGAGAAGAGGACUCAAUUUCCAGCGAAGGAGACAAGUCCUUUAAAUCACUACUUGAUGUUGAAAAACUCAGUGCACUGGAUGAGCUAACUGGCUCUGCUUCAUGUUCGUCCUUCUCUGUUCCGCGUCAACGAUUUGCGUCCAGGGCUAGUCUGACGCAUAUCGAUUCACACUCUGAAUGCCUAGGUCAACUUUAUUCCCUAAUACGGCCGAACAGAGCUGAACAUCAUGGUCCGAAUGAUAUUUGUCCGAUUACGGUCGAAGCAUGGACUGUACUUUCUGCCUACCUGGCAAAUCAGAUCAAGUACGGGUACGAAAUGGAACGACUUAUACGAACGGAAAUGUCGAAACUAGGUCUUGACGGCUCCGGAGGAUUAAAACGAGGAACGUUGACAAUGCAAAGGCCUACACAGUUUGCGUAG